AUGUCUAACGCCAAUAACCACCCUGAAGAAGUAUACAGUGCUCUCAAACAAACAGACCCGGCUGUGAAAGAUCUUGAAUAUGACAAGUAUGCCACAUUAGCAUCAGAAGACUCGCUCGCUCGUGCCAAGGCCGCACUUGAAGCCAAUGGGUUUACCGUCUACGUGAAGAACACUAGAGAAGAAGCUCGCGACUUUUUAAAGACUUUUAUUCCGCCUGGUAAAUCCAUCAACAACGGCCAUUCUACCACGUUGGAAGAGAUUGGGUUCAUCGAGUAUCUAAAGGGUGAAACGGGUUGGGACAAUGUACACGCCAAAAUAUUGGCCGAGACCGAUUUUGUAAAAAAUAUGGAAUUGAGAAGGACUAUCGGUGCUACAGUCGAUUACUACCUAAGUGGUGCAUCUGCCGUUACCGAGGACGGAUCUAUCGUUGGUGUCGAUAUGUCUGGUACACGUGUUGGUGGUUGGAUUGUUUCUUCUAACCUAGUCAUUGUGACCGGUACAAAUAAAAUAGUAAAAGACAUACCCGAAGCACACCAGAGAGUCGAGAAAUACGCAUUUGAACUGGAAUCCGCUCGUGUUCGAAUCGCCUACGGGAUACCAUCUUCCACUAUUGCUAACCAAGCAAUUAUCAGCAAAGUUUCAAACAGCAGAGUAACAGUCGUAUUUAUCAAGGAUGUUUUAGGAUACUGA